GCAGAAACACAUGGCGACACCAACCGGUCCUCCGGUUUCAGAUGUUUGCCUUCGACGAACUAGACCAACAGGAAGCAGAAGCUUUACAGCAUGCCACUCAAGAUGUGACAGAGGUUCAAGGUCUCAUCGACUUCGACGAGUUAGCGGAGGCCGAAAAUGCCCGGAAGGAGGAAACAACCUCAAGUUGCAAGCGCCGCUGCAUGGCAGAGCGUGCUCAGCCUUCUCGGGGCGCAGCCACACAAGGCAUAGGCAUAUACUAUGGCCUGGCCUUGCCACGCUCCGCCCCCGAGCUGCUGGGAGCGGGCGCAAAUUGGCUAAGUCGCGCGUUCUGGCAAGCAAAGACCUUUCCAGAGGAGCUGGCAGUGUCCCAAAUUAUAGCCUUGCGGCCUCUAUCAGGAGGAUCAUACCUACUGGAAGUCACUUUGACUUCUGGUGGGCUCCUGAUGCUGGCCGUAAACUUCUUCAAGGAAGGCUGCCGCAAAGAUGAGAUUUCAGGAGUACGACCCAAAGCCUCAGGCGGUUUCUUCUUCGGUGUGAAUUUUUUGCGGCUCUUGGAGUGCGAGCUGCCCGUCCCAGCAAAGUACUGCUUCGGCGACGUUUGCGAUAAAGGCUCCGCAGGCAUUCUCAUCACCGAAUGGUCGCGAGUUACAUGCACACCUUUAUCCUUUUGCUCGUCACCCAAGUGGGGCUUGCUCGAGCCCCGUCAAAGUUGCUUUUUGAGCCCCUUGGGCCAUGAGCAGCUUUGCCUCCAAGGCAAUCCAGCGAGUUUUGGUCUUCCAACCUUAGGAGCAUUGGGCCUUGGCUUCAAGCCUGCCUGUGAAAUUGAGGACCAGUGGCACCAGAAGUCUUGGACGUUGGCGCAGGUGGACGAUGGGCUUUGGCAGCUUCUCAGCUCCGACGGCCGCUUGCUCUUCGCUGCCAAUGCUGGCGCACAGGCACUGCAGCUCCAAAAGCCCAGUCAGCCUGGCAAGCGACGACACGAGUUAUGGCAGGUGCUGCCUGCAGGACAAAAUGGGUACUAUAUUCAAAGCUACUAUGAAACCUUCCUCUCUCAUUCCGCCGGGAAUAGUGUAUUCAUGAGUCCUGCAGCUCGAGCCAAUGCACGUUGGUCCAUCGAGACUUUGGCAGAGCUGGCGCAAGAGUCCGAACAGCUGACUCCCUUAGACCUGAGGGGGGAAGAAGGGGAAGGCUUGGACCUUCACAUGAUGAAGCAGUUGAUUGUGCAGUUUGCUGAGCUUGCAGGUCGUUGUGUUGCACAAAACGUGCAGCUGGACAUUGACACCAACGAAGAUGCAGAACGGAGGCAGGCAGAAGAUGAGGCCACGGCCUUUCGGCGAGAGUUGCGAGAACGAUUCACAAAGCUUCAAUCCUGUGACUCCCCCAGAGCUCAGCUGGGUUUCCAGGACAGCGAAUUCUUGGACAAAGCAUCAGUGGCACAGGAGUUCAUCACACGCCUGGCAGUUCAUCUUUUUCCUUCAGGCACAGUGAACAAGCAGUUCAUGAAAGACUAUCGAGCGGCAUUGGUCACCGCCCGGGUCAAUUUCUUUCCCAUUUGCGCUUUCCUCUCACUUCAUGUGGAGUACAGCGCCUGUGGUCUUGAGUUUUUGAGAAUGGAUAGCCUCUACUGGUCUCAAAGAAAGUCGACAGAAACUGCUCUUGCAAUUCAGCACUGGGGAGAAAUGACACAUGGCCCUGUGGGAUUCAAGCUGUGGCGAUGGCUUGCAUUGGCUUCACCACAGGUUCUGCACAAGUCAUUUGUGGAUUUGAUCCAGCUCUUCAUCGACAAAUUUGCUGCAACCUGCCAACGCGACCUGGACAAGGAGACGCUGAUUUGGCAUGUGCUGCUCGCUGCCUCCUUGCACUCUGUGGAGCUCUUGGACGCGGUUCCUGUGCUGCUGGAGCAAAUCCCCAAGAAGGACUGGCCAAGCAUCACAAGUUGGCAGGAUCCCAGGCUGCUUCGGGCAGAGAGAGCUGAUGAGAUGUGGAUGGUUCUGAAGGCGUUCGUGAGCACGGCUGUGGUGACUCAACGCUUUGAUUUGGUGAACAGGAUGGUGCAUGAAAUACCCGAAGUCCUCCGGACGCAUGCUUGGAUAUUGAAUGUCAUCCGGGAAGAUUCCAAGAACUGGCAACCCGUGCGCAUUGGGCUUGGUCAAAGGCCUACGGAGGUCCAUGCAACAGACGCACCAACGUCAGAGAUUCUCACAGUCAUUCCUCCCCAGUGUACUGGCUAUGCCAUGGUGCAGGAUAUGGAUAAUUCCAAAGGUGUGGAAUUGGUUGAGAUCUGUAUACCAAUCAAUGGCUUUGUCCGUUCAGCCUCUUUGACCAGCUGCGAUGUAAGCGAGCUGCCCACAAAGGAAGAUCCACCUGCUUGGUUGGAGCUGCUGUCUCUCAUGUACCACACCAGGCGCCAGUACACUGGAAAUAGUGGGCCUUUGUUCAUGGAUGAGAUUUCAGCCAAGAAGCUUUGUGAUGAAAUCCAUUUGCGAGAGAAAGCCAGCAGUUUGAUCACGCGGUUGGGACAUGGCACCUGCAGUGUGGUCCACGGGAGCUUCUUAGCCGAGACGGAGUUGAAACCCUGGUGGCCGCCCAAGUACGAGGAUUGGGCCUAUCACUCCUUCGUGCUUUUUGAAGACGGACAUAUUGCAGAUCUGACAGCCGAUCAGUUUGACUGCUACGUGCCUCAGCUUUGGUAUCCAGCAAAGCUGGAGCGCUACGACCGGAGUAGUCACCGUGCAGAAGCAGCUCGCUUCACGAGGCAGGUCACAGUGGGCUUGGACAAGUGGCGGAGCUUUGUGGAAGAAGAUCGUUCAACCAGUGGUUUGCUUGAAAAAGCACCUCGACGCAUUUACGACUGGUGGGAUGCAGAGAUGAAAGGAGGAUUUGACGUCAGACAUGGCCAGCAGGGGCAGGUGUUGCGAUAUGGAAAAUCCUUGUCGAUCCCGGAGCCCUAUGAUGUCCAAUAUGUCAACGACCGGCGCGUGGUCUUCCGGCGCCUCACUGGACCUGAGGAGCUCAAGGUGAGCCUUGUGGAAGGCCUUUUUGAAGGCUUCGAGUUGCAACGCUUACUUUCCCUUUGUGAGGAGCGGCAGGGCUUUCAACCAAGCCUGCAGAAGGAUCGCUUUGGCCAGGUGGUUCAGGAUGGUCGACGGACAUCGCAUUCCUGUGCAAUGCGUUGGCCGCUCCUGGGUGACGAGGAUGAGGUUGAGCUGCGAUAUGCCCAAGAAGCAACAGAGCGAUGUGCUGCAGCUUUAGGUCUUAAGGCAGAGUACAUCGAGCCGUUGCAACUGGUGAAGUAUACUCCUGGGCAAUACUACAGGGCACACCUCGACACCCACCAGGAGCCGGAGAGGCUUGGCUCAUUCAACGGUGAGCAGCGUAUGCAAACGUUGCUUGUUUUUGUGUCCAGUGUUCCAGAGUCGGAUGGCGGUGGACAUUUGCAUUUUCCACUCUUGGAGCUCCGCAUCUUGCCAAAAGCAGGCACUGCCGUGCUUUGGGACAACUGCAAGCCGAAGGAUGGAACUGGCGUGAUGGAGCCAGACCCAUGCUCCCUGCACGAGGGGGAACCUCCACUACAUGUGAACAAGGUUGCUAUGAAUGCAACUAGGCAGCAGAGUCCUAACAAAUCUCAGCAAGUUGGCACACGGGCUGGGUGAGUGUCUCAAAGUCUCAAGCCUGCUAGCCCAAGGUCUGGGUGGUGGACCAACCUUUCACAAAGCAAUCGGUGCAAGAAGCGGCACUGCGUCGAGCUGGCUAUCCCAAGGCUGCUGAAGGACUGCGGGAAGAGAAAGAGAAUGGAGAUGUGAAAAAGUAAGACGCCAGACGCUCAAAUGGCAGAGUUGUGCGCGAGUGAAUGCAUUGAAUUAGUAUUUAUUUGGCUGUGCGAGCAUGAUGCGUUGAAAUGGAACAGUUUUGUUUCUUUUUUCGGUUGAGUCUGGGUUUGAGCAACUGUCAAGAUUCGAUCAAGGGUUGCGUUGUUCUUUGCCUAGUUGGAAGGUGUCGAAUCAAUGUUCUCCUUUAUAUAGCAAAAAAUAGCUGCAUAUGUGUUUUGAAUGUAUGGAUGUGUCUUGUGUUUACACGAGUAAAAGAGUUGACUCAGAAGUGACAUAUGAUCGAGAGUUUGUGUUGCGAUUCCUUUGGUGGAAGAUCAGAUCAUGGGAG